AUGGCGUCGCUCUGGAUCAUCAACAAGGCCGGGGGCCUGAUCUACAAUGCCGACUACUCAAAGCGGCCCACUGGCCUGUCCUCGAACGACUACCUCAUCCUCGCCGGCACGCUGCACGGCAUUCACGCCAUCACCGCCAAGCUGUCGCCUGUAGCUGGACUGGGAGGUGGUAAAGGCGCCGCGGCUCGGAGAGCCAGAGUGGAUACUGGAAUGCAGCAGCUGCAGGCAAAUGGCUUUGACAUGAACGUCAUGGCUACCGCUACGGGCAUCAAACUUGUCCUGAUCACCCCAUCGGAUUAUCCCGUUGCGCCUGCGGUCCUUCUCCACAAGUCAUACGAGGUAUACGCUGACCAAGUCCUCAAGAACCCAUUUUACACGCCAGAAAUGCCCAUCCGAGUCGAGAGCUUUGACAAGCGCGUCAAGGAUAUCCUCGGAGGAUGA